CGCACAAGGGACCAUUUUUCUCAUUUUCUCAAAAACUGUGAAAAUUCUGGCGUAGCACAUCAGUGCUGACCAUUUUCUACGAAUUAAAGAAUCAAAGAGACUUUCUCCAACUUUUUUCAAGUGUUUAAUCAGCUCCUUUGCCUACAGAUCCUCAUAACAAAAUGAUCCGUUUCAUAUUGCUUCAGAACAGACAAGGAAAAACUCGUUUGGCUAAGUAUUACAUACCUCUCGAGGAAUCCGAGAAACACAAGGUCGAAUACGAGGUUCAUCGGUUGGUGGUGAAUAGAGAUCCCAAAUUCACCAAUUUUGUUGAGUUCCGUACCCACAAGGUAAUAUACAGAAGAUAUGCAGGAUUAUUUUUCUCACUUUGUGUUGAUAUCACGGACAACGAGUUGGCUUAUUUGGAGUCCAUCCACUUGUUUGUGGAAAUUUUGGAUCACUUUUUCAGCAAUGUUUGUGAGCUGGAUUUGGUUUUCAAUUUCCACAAGGUAUAUCUGAUAUUAGAUGAGUUUAUCCUUGCCGGGGAGCUCCAGGAAACAAGUAAGAGGGCAAUUAUCGAGAGAAUGGGAGAAUUGGAAAAGCAGGAGUGAAGAUUUUCGUGCUUGCUCAAGAGUCAAGACAGACACUUUCCUUUGCCUUCAUCGUCUGCACUGUACUUCUCUUCUGGCUGGCUGUAUUUACUGCAUUAGAGAUUCUGUAUUCUUGUUGAUACCUUCAUGUUGCUGUGCCUCAUUUAUUUGUAUACAAGAUUUCCUUCAUUCAUAAGUACAUCUAAAGGCAGUUUACUUUUGCAAAAGAACUUAUCAACCCAUGUCAUUUUUCUCCAUGUACCAAUUCAGGAAGCAAAAUGAUAUUGGUGAAUUUUAGUCUUGGCUGUUGCUGAAUCA